GCGAAGCGUGACUUAGAUGUUUCUCUGAGGUGCUCUCCACACAGUUAUUACACACUUCAGAGACAGCAAGGCCUGCUGAGGGCCCGACCACUAAGAAACAUGAGAAGAGGAGACACGCCUCUAUUAAAGCAGCAGUCAAGUCCUUGCUUGGGAAAAAACAUGCCUCGUCAAUUCCCAAAGGUAACGCUGAGUGAGGCAGAGGAGCAGACUCAGCUGCUAGCAGAGAAAGUAUAUGCAACAGCCCUAAAGGAAGAAGACAGCAAGGAUGCUUUAUCAGUGUUCACUGUGCUCGAGGACUGCCCGGUUGGCCUGCAGCAAGCCAUGGAACAUGAGCUGCUUAAGGAGCUGGCGGAGAACCAGUCAGAGGAGAGUACUAAGAGGAAGAAAAGCUUGAAGAUGAUUCGCUCCCAGUCAAUGUCCAUGCAGUUUCCUAUGAAUACAGAUUGGACACGGUCAGGUGGAGUUACUCCAUUCAUGUCCCCCAGCUCCACCUGCUCAUCAGUGCCAGAAAACUGCCCUGAUUACCAGAGGGUCACUAUUACCGGUGAUUAUUGUGCUGGAGUGACAGUGGAUGACUUUGAGCAGGCAGCUAAAAGUCUGUUUAAGGCCCUGCUUAUUCGUGAGAAGUACUCAAAACUAGCCUAUCAUAGAUUCUGCAGAACUACAGCCCAGUUCCUCCGUAAUGCGGAGAACGUGAGAUGGAGCGAACAAGAUGAGGUUCUACCAGAUAUGUGCCCAUGUCCAACACACGAGGAGGAUCCCUACAGCAUGGAGAACAUCCCUGAUAACCUGAAUUAUGAACUGAAGAUGAAGGAUGGGAUAGUGUACGUAUAUGACAAUGCAGAGGCUCUGAGAAGAAACCAGGCCCAUGACCUUCCCUACCCAGACUUGGAGACCUUUGCCAUAGACCUCAGUCAUGUCCUGGCAAUGAUUGCAGAUGGACCCACGAAGACGUACUGUCACAGGCGACUCAAUUUCUUGAGUUCGAAGUUCUACCUCCAUGAGAUGCUCAAUGAGAUGGCCGAGCUAAAGGAACUGAAAGGCGUGCCACAUAGAGAUUUCUACAAUGUUAGAAAGGUCGACACACAUAUUCAUGCUGCUGCCUGCAUGUCUGAGAAACACCUGCUGACCUUCAUCCAGAAAACAUACAAGACCGAUGCCGACCGUGUGGUGCUGGAAAAGGCCAGAGAAAAGAUGACUCUCCAGCAGGUUUUCCACAGCCUCAAUAAGAACCCCUAUGACCUAACUGUGGACUCUCUGGACGUACAUGCUGGGAGACAAACCUUCCAUCGGUUCGAUAAGUUCAAUUCGAAGUAUAACCCAGUGGGAGCCAAUGAACUUCGAGAAAUCUUCUUGAAAACAGACAACUUCAUCAAUGGAGAGUAUUUUGCUCACAUCAUAAAGGAAGUGGCCCAUGACCUGGAGGAGAGUAAGUAUCAGCAUGCAGAGCCACGCCUGUCCAUCUACGGACGCUGUCCAGAGGAGUGGGACAGCCUGUCUCAGUGGUUUAUUAACCACAAAGUGCACUCUCCGAACAUGAAGUGGGUCAUUCAAGUGCCCAGAAUAUAUGACAUUUUCAAGUCAAAGAAGCUGGUGCCGAAUUUUGCCAAGAUGCUGGAGAACGUAUUCCUCCCUUUAUUUGAGGCCACUGUUAACCCACAGAAGCACAAAGAACUUCAUGUUUUCCUCAAAUAUGUGUCAGGCUUUGACAGCGUCGACGAUGAGUCCAAACACAGCGACCACAUGUUCUCUUUCAGGAGCCCAAAGCCAGAGCAGUGGACUUCAGAUGACAACCCUCCCUACAGUUACUAUAUCUUCCACAUGUAUGCAAAUAUCAUGGUCCUCAACAACCUCCGAAAGGAGCGUGGACUGAGCACCUUCCAGUUCCGUCCCCACUGCGGAGAAGCUGGAUCUGUCACUCAUUUGGUCUCCGCCUUUCUCACUGCUGACAACAUCUCACAUGGACUCAAUUUGAAAAAGAGCCCUGUGCUGCAGUACCUAUACUACUUGGCCCAGGUGCCAAUUGCAAUGUCUCCACUCAGCAACAACAGUCUAUUCCUGGAAUACUCCAAAAAUCCUCUCAGAGAGUUCCUGCACAAAGGUCUGUGUGUGUCCCUGUCCACGGAUGAUCCCAUGCAGUUCCACUACACCAAGGAGCCACUCAUGGAGGAGUACGCUAUAGCAGCUCAGCUGUGGAAGCUCAGCACCUGUGAUGUGUGUGAAAUAGCCAGGAACAGUGUGCUGCAAAGUGGACUAUCUCACUGGGAAAAAAAGCACUUCUUAGGAGUAAACUAUCUGAAAGAUGGACCAGAAGGAAAUGACAUUCGUCGGACCAAUGUCGCCCAGAUCCGCAUGGCCUACAGACAUGAGACACUGUGCAAUGAACUUAGCUUCAUGGUCGAUGCUGUGAAGUCUGACUACGAAUUCCCAGUAUGAAUAAAAUGCCCCUCACCUUAGACAGAAUCUGAGUAUGCUGAACUCUCUUAUCAUCAUUCACCUUUUUCUCGGCACUGACCGACUACCAUGAUUAAAAAAAAGAAAGUAGAUUCAUGCUUAAAAAACUCACCAUGUAUUAGCAAUUGUGCCUUACACCUUUUUUUAGCUGGGGGUAUGUCAGAGAAACUAUUUGAACCUUGACAUUUUUCAGUUACUGUGUACACUCAUCAUCAGACUGUUUGGGACAUUUCCUCCAUUUCUGCCUUAAAAGGCUUAUUUUAAAGAGGUUUGGAAAGAUAUCAAAACAAUGGAAAAUACCUAUGUUUGUGAUGGUACAGGCUUUUUAAAA